AUGGCGGCUUUUCCGCUCUCCCAUGACAUUUUAGCGCAAAUAACCACAGGACGAGGCGUGCCAUGCUGCUGUAUUGUCACUGGGCAUCUUCUUCAGGCCACAGCUCUCGGUACCGGGAACUACUUGGCGCCGACCAUCGGCCUGACACAGCAGCAGCCAUCACCACCAACUGGACAUAAGCGGACAUAUUAAACAAGACUACGGAGUUGACAAGAAGCAGGAAGUGGGGGCUAUAAUUUGUCGACGAACGCCAGUGGGCAAACUGAAGAAGCAGCCAUGUCCAAUGAACGCACGCCCCUCAUCACUUCAGGGGUGUGUGGUCUGACGGUGGCGGCGGCAACAUGCGGCGCCGUAGUGGACACGUCCCCCGACUCCAACUCUGGCACACCGAGUAAAGAGCCCCGAAAGCUUAACACCUUUUUUGGGGUGAUGGUGCCAACGAUCCUCUCAAUGUUCAGCAUCGUACUGUUCCUGCGAACAGGGUUUGUUGUUGGUCAUGCUGGUCUCCUGCAAGGUCUCCUGAUGGUGCUUGUAGCCUACACCAUCAUAAUGCUUACCAUCUUGUCUAUCUGUGCCAUUUCCACCAACGGGGCCAUACAAGGCGGUGGCGCCUACUACAUGAUCAGUCGAUCACUGGGCCCUGAGUUUGGAGGAAGUAUUGGUUUGAUGUUCUUCUUGGCCAAAGUGUUUGCAUGUGGAGAAUAUGUUCUUGGUCUUGUGGAGGCUAUACUUGAUGUCUUUGGCAUGGAUGCUGAAACGUCCGUGUCCGAGGGUGUGCAUGUGCUCCCUCAAGGUUAUUGGUACACCGUGCUCUACUCCUCUGUGGUCCUCCUGCUGUGUCUGAUGGUGUGUCUGGUGGGCGCCCACAUCUACUCCCGCACCGCCUUCGCCAUCCUGCUGCUUGUCACCGUGUCGCUGCUGUCCGUCUUCAUCAGCUCUUUGGCUGUCAGUCCCCUGGAUUUCGUCAUCAGUCACUUGGGUCCUGGCAACCAGACCCUGCAUUACAAUGCUAGCUAUACUGGCUUUAACAUGACCACACUGAAGAACAACCUGGACUCUGGUUACUCAUUGGACUACAGCACCAACACUGUCAUGUCCUUUUCCACCGUGUUUGCUGUCAUGUUCACCAGCUGCACUGGAAUCAUGGCUGGAGCCAACAUGUCAGGAGACCUGGAAACUCCAAGUGUAUCCAUCCCCAAAGGUACCAUCGUGGCCGUCAUCUACACAUUCAUCGUCUACGUUCUCUUCUUUCUCUUGGUCAGCGCCACCUGUGACAGGACUCUGCUGAUUCAAGAUUAUGGCUUCCUCCAAAGAAUAAACAUCUGGCCGCCAUUUGUGACCAUUGGGAUAUACUGCGGCGCCCUGUUUGCUGCAAUGUGCUCCAUGAUCGGAGCAUCCCGCAUUCUGCAUGCUCUCGCUGUGGAUAAGCUCUUUGGUUUGCCAUUAGCCCCCGCCACCAUCACAUCCAACUCAGGAAACCCAUGGAUGGCUGUGGUUUACACGUGGGGGCUUGCACAGUGUGUGGUGUUUGCUGGUCAACUCAAUGCUGUCGCCAGCUUGGUAACUGUUUUCUACUUACUUGCCUACGCUGCUGUUGACUUGGCUUGUUUGGCCCUUGAGUGGGCAUCAGCGCCAAAUUUCAGGCCAACGUUCCAGUUCUUUUCCUGGCAUACGUGUCUGCUGGGCAUCCUGAGCUGUUUAGUCAUGAUGUUCGUCAUAAACCCUGUGUACUCCUCCGGCAGCAUCGUCCUCCUGUUGUUGCUGCUGCUUUUCCUUCACUACCGAUCUCCCACCAGCAGCUGGGGCUACAUCAGCCAGGCUCUCAUCUUCCAUCAGGUGCGCAAGUAUCUGCUGAUGCUGGAUGUGAGGAAGGACCAUGUGAAGUUCUGGAGGCCACAGGUGCUGUUAAUGGUUGCAAACCCACGAUCUUCCUGUCAGCUGAUCCUCUUUGUCAACCAGCUGAAAAAGGGAGGACUGUUUGUGUUGGGCCACGUGCAGCUUGGAGAUCUAGAUUCUCUGCCGUCGGAUCCUGUGCAGCAACAGUACAACUUCUGGUUGAGCUUAGUUGAUAAGCUCGGGGUGAAGGCCUUCGUUGACCUGACGCUCUCUCCAUCUGUCAGACAGGGAACACAGCAUCUUCUGCGCAUCACAGGUCUUGGUGGCAUGAAGCCCAACACUCUGAUCUUGGGUUUCUAUGACAACUGCACCCCUGAGGACUUCUUCCUUCAAGAUACUGCCUUUUGUGGCACGACAUUGGGACAAGGCACUGAGGGCGAGUAUAAUUUUGGGGUUGACCUGCCUUCAUUACAGGCUCAUUUCCCUCCAGUCCGACAUGUUGAGAGCCCACGGUGGCUCUCGCCCGAAGAAUACAUCGGGAUAAUUUCCGACGCCAUCAAAAUGAACAAGAAUGUGUGCCUCGGACGUUAUUUUUUCCAUUUGGAAGGAGAGGGGAAACAGAGCAAAGUGGACGGUUCAGAGCGGACCAUCGAUGUGUGGCCUCUCAACCUGCUGCAGCCUGGGUGCCGAGAUUAUCAGGACGUGUGCAGUCUGUUUUUACUGCAGAUGGCCUGCGUGCUCAACAUGUCCAGCAAGUGGCGCCACGCACGAAUGAGGAUCUUCCUGAACGUUGAGACGGAGUCCAGCGACCAAGGCUGGGUGGUGAACGAAGAGACGUUUCGAGACUUGCUGAAGAAGCUCAGAAUCCGAGCGUCCAUUAAGAUCGUCCCGUGGGACUCGGUGGUGCAACACCACACUCAGCCAAUGGAGGGCGCUGAGGGGCAGAGCCAAGCUCUCUCAGAGCACUUCCUGUCUGCAGUGAACUGUAUGUUAAUGGAGCACAGUUCUCAGGCUGCUGUCCGCUUCCUGUAUUUACCACGUCCUCCGGCUCAUCACAGCCAAUCCCAGAUGUACUUGGCUCAACUGGAAGCAGUGACCAACGCUUUAGGGCCAACGCUCCUCAUCCAUGGCGUCACCCCUGUAACAUACACUGAUCUGUAAGCACGAGAGCUUAUCUGUGUUUGUACAAACUCUUUCCUGACUGCUUAUUUAAGUGUGUAUAGAAGCACUGGUUACAUGUAAAUGAACACAUCAAGUGGAUGCAAUGGUAGCUUAACACAGACUCACCGGCCACUCCAUUAGAUACAUCGAAUGAGCUCUAAGAGUUGUAUCUUUUACAGAGGUGAUAAUGAACAGUUUUGAUUGACACUGUCAGAGAGGUAUUCAUUUAACAAUAUAUUUAUUAUUGUGGUAAACGUAUUUUUAAUUGGACAUGUCUGACAAUGUCAAUGAAAACUCAGCGUUAUUAGUUUUGCUCUAGUAUUAGAUCACAUUAGAUGGUGCACGUGUACCUAAUGAAGUGUCUGGUUGGUGUUUGACACUACAUUCUAAACUCUGUUACUGUCAGCCAAGUGGAGAUACACACUUGAGUAUUGUACAUUCUAGUAGGAAAUUUUCCUAUAUAAUUUCAUGCAUUUUGACUGCUUUAGUGAUUAUGAAAACAAUUGUGACACUUAUGAUUAAUGUCUUAAUAAGCUUUAAAAAAAACAAAAAACAAAACAAAACCACCAUUUGUUUUGACCAUAACAGGCUCUUUUGGAAUGUUCAUAUAAGGAGUCAUAUCAUCAGGGGUGUAAUUCUGAAUUUUGUGGUAUUUGAAAGACAAUUGUAGAAUUUUACAUUGUCUGUUUAAUUUCUUGCUGACUUUUUAAGUCUUUUUUUUUUUUUCAAAAUCUCAAUUAAGGGAACAAUUUCAAGUAUUUACAUAAGAAUUAGGAACAGUUCUGGAAGUGUUUACUUUUGUUUUGUUUGCAUACUUGCGAUGAUCGGCACAAAAGACAAUCUAAUCAAGCAAAGACCAAUGAUGGAUCAAAUUAGGUAAAGAUUGUUACAAAUAAGUGUGAAGUUAUUCUAUUCCAGUUGCAAUGUAGCAAAUGCAGUUCUCGAUCUCUUUCAUUGUUGUGUUUAACACUGCAUGUUACCUCAGCAGGAACAGGAACUUGCCAACCAUGACUCAGCUUUGCACCUCUCACUUACGCUGUUUUUUUGUCAUGAAAAAGCCAUUAAAUGUACGUCUAAUGAAUGUCAUUACAGUAUACACAGGCAUUGCUCUUGUUUGUCACAAAGGCAACUGAGUAAAUGCAGAUAUAUACUCACAGGUCAUUAGGCACACUUGCACUGAUAUCAAUUAAGAUCCAAUACAAGAGCUGUAACAAACACUCUGCCUUUACGAGAAUACGAGAUAACCCCCACACGCCGAUCACACACCCAAAAUAUUAGAAACGCCUCCCAGUGUGAUGCAUCGCAGCGGUACGCCACAGUAAACCACAAUAAUAAACAUAUUGUUGAAUUAUUAGUUCUCUGACUGUCAAUCGAAACGGAUCGUUUUUUUGUUUGUGUGUUUGAUACAGCUCUUUUAUUGGAGUAUAUUACAUAGUGCCGGUGUACUUAAUGUUAUGGCCAGUGAGUGUGUAUAUACAGUGGAGUGGAAAAAGUGUUUGCCACCUUCCUGGUUGCUUUUUUUUUUGCUUUUUUGUCACACUUAAAUGUUUCAACUCAUUUAACAAAUUUAAAUAUUAGUCAAUGACAACACAACUAAACACAAAAUGCAGUUUUUAAAUGAAAUUGUUUAUUAUUAAGGGAGAAAAAAAAUCCAAACCUACAUGGCCCUGUGUGAAAAAGUGAUUGCCCCUCUUGUCAAAACAUAACUGAGAUUAAUAGAGAUUUAUCUGUCUGGAAAAGUUUAUACAGUCAUUUCUAAAGCUUUGGGACUCAGGCGAACCACAGUGAGAGCCAUUUUCUACAAAUGGAAAAAACAUGGAACUGUGGUGAACCUUCCCAGGAGUGGCCGGCCAACCAAAAUUACCCCAAGAGCACAGCGAUGACUCAUCCAAGAGGUCACAAAAGACCCCACAACAACAUCCAAAGAACUGCAGGCCUCACUUAAGGUUAUAGUUCAUGACUCCACCAUAAGAAAGACACCGGGCAAAAACGGCUUGCAUGGCAGAGUUCCAAGACGAAAACCACUGCUGAACAAAAAGAACAAUUCUCAAUUUUACCAGAAAACAUCUUGAUGAUCCCCAAGACCUUUGGGAAAUACGAGACAAACGUUUUUGGAAGGUGUGUGUCCAAUUACAACAGUAAAAUACGGUGGUGGUAGUGUGAUGGUCUGGGGCUGUUUUGCUGCUCCAGGACCUGGAAGACUUGCUGUGAUAAAUGGAACCAUGAAUUCUGCCGUCUACCAAAAAAUCCUGAAGAAGAAUGUCCGGCCAUCUGUUGGUCACCUCAAGCUGAAACCAACUUGGGUUUCCAAACACACCAGCAAGUCCACCUCUGAAUGACUGAAGAAUAACAAAAUGAAGACUUUGGAGUGGCCUAGUCAAAGUCCUGAUCUGAACGCUAUUGAGAUGCUGUGGCAUGACCUUUAAAAAAGUGCUUCAUGAUGGAAAACCCUCCAAUGUGGCUGAAUUACAACAAUUCUGCAAAGAUGAUUGGGCAAAAAUUCCUCCACAGUGCGGUAACAGACUCAUUGCAAGUUGAUUGCAGUUGUUGUUGCUAAGGGUGUCCCAACCAGUUAUUAGUUUAGGGUUUAGGUUUUUCUCCCUUAAUAAUAAAAAGUUUCAUUGAAAAACUGCAUUUUGUGUUCACUUGUGUUGUCAUUGACUAAUAUUAAAAUUUGUUUGAUGAUCUGAAACAUGUAAUUGUGACAAACAUGCACAAAAAUAAGAAAUCAGGAAGGGGGCAAACACUUUUUCACACCACUGUAUGUCUUGUCAUCUUUGUAACCGCGUUAGUGUUUCAAUGUAAUAAACAUUGUGUUGUUAAUCUUGUUGUGUUUGUGAUUACUAGUAGACGCGUUCGGCACAUGCGUAGAACCGAUUGCGUUUCCGGUACGAAUUGCGCAGUGACCGUAAUCUACGUAUACGUAUUUUUAAUAUUUUUCUUUGUACUUCUUAAAAGUAAAAUUCAAAUCUCGUCUCAACUUGUUCUCGUAGGCCCAAUCUCAUGUAUCGUCUCGUCUCGUAAACUGAGUGUCAUGACACCCCUAAAAACAGUACAAUAUCAACAAAGCCUAUUACACAACCAAAUAUGAACUAAAAUGAGCAGAACUAAAAGAAAAAGCAGCAUCCAGUUAACAGUAGUUAGUGUUUGGUAGUCGUUAGUGGAGUUCAGAAACGCCAAGUGCGUCAGCUUUUGUUUUUUUGCUGCUCAAUUUCCUCACAUUUUUGGCUUGCUUGUGUGGGUAACCUGUCCCUCCCCCUUCCGUUUAGUGUCGCCACAUACGGCACCACACAUCAUCACAAAAAACGACAGCUCGUUCACCCUAAAGAACCGGCUCUAGGAGCCGUUUCUUUCGCGAACAACCCAUCACUAUUAGGUUGCGUUAGGUCGCGUCAACCAUCUUCACCUUUUCAUGAAAAAGUAUUAAUAGUAAGUUUAAUUGGACAAACCCCAACAAAUCACAAAUCAUUGAAAUGCCCCACAUGUCAGGUUUUAUUCUUGUACGGUGUUUUGGAUUUUGAACUAAGUGAAAUGCUUGUCCCUUACGGAGGACAACAAUGCAUUGCUGGGUCUCUGGAGGAUAUACCAGUACCAGAUUCCCCAAAGUUAUUCACAUCAAAUGAGAAAUGUGUUUUUUCAGCUUCCCAAGCCUCCGUUUGCUGUAUAUAAACAUGUAGACGAGGCUCUGGUCAUUACUCCUCUAUUCCUUCCAGUGUAUAGUCCUCCUUGUACGCUCCUCUUUGGGCUUUUCUCUGCUGUGCUGUGGUGUGUAACUUUCCCACAAAGACUGAGGACAUACGCAGCCAGUCGGGCAUGAGGAGUCCAAACGCAAAACUCUGCAACAUUAUAGGAAAUAGAUGAGUUGAUGUGUUUGCUAUGAUAAGUGUGUGUUAAAAUAUGAUUGAUGCUGACCUGCAUUGCGUGUAGCAGACAGCCGCUGGUGUAGCUGGAGUAGCCUGCUGUGUUCAGGGCCUCUCGGGCGAAAGCUCUAGCGCUCUUCACCAGACAGCUGCUUUUCAUUUUGUUCAUGUUGGUGGACACCAAGAAGGGCAUCACACACUGUGGAAACGGUGAUGAUUAUUCCUUAUUAAGUAAGUAUAAUGUCAUAGAACAGGGGUGUGCAAACUUUUUCCAGCGAGGGCCACUUUGAUAUUUAGUAAAUCAACACAUAGAGAUAUGCUAAGAAGGUAUACUGUAUGUACCUCAACAAAAAACUGCUUUUCACCUGUGUAAUAUAGGUGAAAUGCUACUAAAAAUGACAUGUUUUCCAUAGUUUAGUCUUGUAAAAUUGCAACUUUUGUUCUUCAUUCGAUUAGGACGUUUUUCUUAAUA